AUGCCGAAUGCUCCAUCGAUGUAUGAGCGGAGUACUAUGGAGAUCGAGGCGUCCGGUCAGAUCAUGCCCAAGCGAUUGGCCGGGGACGCGGCAUCGUCACGUUGGCCCGACCUCCCGUUCGAUCUGCUCCGUGACAUCUCGUGCCGCCUCCACGCGGCCGUCGACUUCGUCCGCUUCCACGCCGUAUGCAAGCCCUGGCGCGACACGCGUACGCCGGCGCCGUGCCGUCCCGCGCUCCUGCCGUGGCUGCUCGCGCCCCGCCCCCGCGACGCCACUGGACACCAAGCAGCUCGCUGCAUCUUCUCCUCUAAGUCGAGGCGCCGCCGCGCCACUGCCGCCGUGACACCUCUUCGAGACAGAAGAUGGGUGGUCAGCGCGGACGACGGCGCGGCAGCCUGGUUCCUCGCUACUUGUCCCGAGUCUAGUGGCCUCCUCGACCCUCUCACCGGAUCAGCCGCCACCUCCCUGCCUCCCUACCCAGAUAAGAUCAAGUCAUGGGUGGAGCGCCUAGAGGUCGGGCAUGGUCUCCGGCGAUGGCACCAUCUUUUUGUAUGCCUUUGGUCCCGCUCCUGUCCGCAGGUCGCGUCAUCAGAGCACCUUCAAUGUGGCCCUUCUGCACCCCGGCGAUGCCACGUGAACGUUGGUGCAACCUUCGUCAUUGAGUCUCACGGCGAACUGCUUUGGGCUUGGGUUCAAGUCGACAUCGUGGCGAGCUCGCUGUCACUGUCGGUAUACGCGCUGCAGGAGGAGGAAGGCGGUGAGCCGAAGUGGGUGAAGAGGGACGGCCGGAGCUUGGCCGACCGCGUCCUGUUCCUGGGGCGGCCGAGCAGCUUCGCCGUGGAUGCCGUUCGGCUCGGCAUGAGCGGCGGGUGCGCCUACCUCGUCCCCAGGGGGCUGCGCCGCGUGUGCAAAUACAGCUUCCACGUCGACGAGUCGGAAUUUGUGGCGCAGCUGCCUGCCGGAUUGCACGACGACGAGGCCUGGAUGUGGAUCACGCCCCAACCUGCCAUUGCUCCAACCGAGGUAAGUCACGCGUGCCAUGCCAACAUGAGUUGCUGCCACCGACGUGCAAUUAGUACUAGCAGCAAGAAAACAAGUUGA